GGCGGCCAUGAUAGAAGGUUAACAGGUUCUUUGUCGGAUUAAGUGAUAGACGUCCUGGUAGAUGUUUUGUUUGCAGUAAAACAUUCCUUUAUUAUAUUCUAUGAAAAAAAUGGAAACUGACGAUGUUAAAACAGUUCAUCAUUGUGUUUUAUGUGAUGAAAUAUUUCAAGACUACCUUGAUCUACAAACACACAACAAGAUACAUGUAAAGGUGGAAAAGAACAGUGAUGACAUGGACGUACAUUUCGAAGUUGAGAAACCUGAUAACGACGUUGGUCAACAUGUACAUGAUAAAAAAGAAGAAAUUGAAGAUGAACACAAUCUGCAUGUUAAGAUAGAUGAAACUAGUGAUGUACAUGUAGGUUUACAUGUUCAAAAAGAAAACACUGAGGAUGAUGUUCAAAAUGGUGAUCUACAUGUUGAAAGUGAAGAAAUUGAUGUUGUUAGCUUAGAUGGGCCUGCUGAUGGACAUUUUGGAAAUGAUGAUGGUAAGAAUGAACGGGAGAAAACUGAUGAAGCCAAUGUUGAUAAUGUACCAGUACAUUUUGAUGUCCAGAAAACCAAUGAUGCUGAUGUGCCAGUACAGUUUGAACAUGGGAAAACUGAUGAUAUUGAUGCCGAUCUAGCUGAUGUACCAGUACAGUUUGAACAUGGGAAAACUGAUGAUGCUGAUGCCGAUCUAGCUGAUGUGCCAGUACAGUUUGAACGUGGGAAAACUGAUGAUGCCGAUGCCGAUCUACCAGUACAGUUUGAAUGUGGGAAAACUGAUGAUGCCGAUGCUGAUAUAGCUGAUGUAGCAGUACAGUUUGAACGUGGGAAAACUGAUAAUGCCGAUGCCGAUAUAGCUGAUGUACCAGUACAGUUUGAACGUGGGAAAACUGAUGAUGCCGAUGUACCAGUACAGUUUGAACAGAGGAAAAAUGAUGAUGACAAUGUUGAUAAUGUACAUGUACAAUUUGAAGGAAGGAAAACUGAUGAAGCCAAUGUUGAUAAUGUACAAGUCUAUUUUGAAGGUGUGAAAACUGAUGAUGCUGAUAUAGCUGAUGAUGCAGUACAUUUUGAACAAGGGAAAAUUGAUGAUGACAAUUUAAUAGUACAUGUUGAUCAGGAGACAACUGAUGAUGCUGAUAAUAUGCAGGUACAAAAUGAAUUGGAAAAAACUGAUGGUGUCAAUGUUGAUAAUGCACAAUACAAAUUUGAAGGGGAGAAAAUUGAUGAUGAUGAUAUUGAUAAUGUAAAAGUACAUUUUAAACAGGAGAAAAUUGAUGAUGACGAUAUUGAUAAUGUACCGGUACAUUUUAAACGGGAGAAAAUUGAUGAUGACGAUAUUGAUAAUGUACCGGUACAUUUUGAAGGAGAGAAUACUGAUUGUGUUGAAAUGCGUCACCAAUGUCACAUGUGUGCUGAAGAAUUCUUAUCAUACACUGAUUUAGAAAAACAUUGUGAACUACAUUUUCAAGAAAUCAAGGACUCGAAAACAAAGGCUUUUACCUGUGAGGUUUGUAGUAAGUCCUUUACUUCCAAGGAUUAUCUGAGGAUACACCUAAAGCUUCACAUGGCCGAGAAACAAUUUAAAUGUAACGUUUGUGAAAAAUCUUUCAGUACUGCUAGCUAUUUAUAUAAACACAAGAAAAUCCAUACGGAUGACAAACCAUUUAAAUGUGAUGUUUGUGGUAAAUCAUUUCUACGAAAAGGAGACCUGCGACAACAUGCUAAUAUUCAUACUGAGGAAAAACCAUUUAUAUGUAAUAUUUGUGGUAAUUCAUUUAACACGAGUGGUUAUCUUUCUAAACACAGAAAAGUGCAUAGUGGAGAGAGACCAUUUCAUUGUGAUGUUUGUAGUAAAAGAUUUCGACGAAAAGGUGACCUGGACCAGCAUUCCAAGAUACAUUCCGGAGAAAAACCCUUUAACUGUAAUGUUUGUGGAAAGGCUUUUAGUAGUACGGCAAAUCUUAAUAAACACAGCAAGAUUCAUUCUGACAUAAAACCAUACCAAUGUGGUGUGUGUAAUAAACCUUUUUUACGCAUGAAUGAUCUCCGUAAUCACACAAGGACUCAUACGGGAGAACGGCCUUUUAAAUGUGAUGUUUGUGGUAAAUCAUUUAGUCAACACAGCUCUCUGCAAAGCCAUAUGAGUAUCCACACUGGGGAGAGACAGUUUAAAUGUAAUAUGUGUGAUAAAUCGUAUCGUGUAAACUGCAAUCUCCAGCGACAUAUUAAAAUUCAUGCAGGAGAAAAAACAAAAAAUGAAAUGGAGUGUAACGUCCCACUUGUCUGUAUCGACAGCGAUAACAAAGACAAAAAAACUUCAGAUGUUAGUUAAUGUAUGCUGUGGCUUAGUGAGUAUCGUAGGGUCAUAGCUCAUUAACAGAUGUUAAUUAGUUAAUGUGUGCUAUGGCUCAGUGAGUAAUUGUAUGGUGAUAGCCCACUAACAGAUGUUAAUUAGUUAAUGUGUGCUGUGGCUCAGUGAGUACAUGUAUGGUGAUAACUCACUAACAGGUGUUAAUUAGUUAUUGUGUGCAGUAGCUUACACUGUAACCUGGAUAUCAUUUAAUCUUGUAUAUUUAGCACUAAUUCCUUUCACAUUCAUUCAAUAUCAUAUCUUUGUUUAAAAAAUCGUUUAAAAUAACUAAAAAUCAUUUAAUUUGUACUUGUGUCCAGUUUAAAGCUGACCAUUCAAUUUUGAUAGUGAAGUGAUUGUCUAAUUUACAAGCAUUUUAUUUCUCGAUCACUGUUAAAAAAUAAACAACCCAAUUGAUUAUUGAUGUAUAAUGAUUUAUUCUUGAACAAUGGCCAGGAAAUUAAAUACUUGUAAAUUGGACACUCAAUAUCAAAAUUAAUCAGUUAGCUUUAAACUAGACACAUUUUCAAAUUAGUUGAUUUUGGGUGAUUUUUGCGAAUUUUUAAACAAAGAUUUGAUAUUGAAUGAAUGUGAAAGAAAUUACACAAGAUUAAAUGAUACCUGGGUUGCAGUGUUAGUGCCUCAGUGGGUAUACAUGUAUGUAUGUACAUGUAUGGUGUUAGCUCACCAGUCGGUAUAUGUAUGGUAAUGGCUCACCAGUGCGUGUAUGUGUGGUGUUAGCUAACCAGUGCGUGUAUGUAUGGUGUUAGCUCACCAGUGAGUGUAUGUACAUAUAUGGCGUUAGCUCACCAGUGGGUAUAUGUAUGAUGUUAGCUCACCAGUGGGUGUAUGUAUGGUGUUAGCUCACCAGUGGGUAUAUGUAUGGUGUUAGCUCACCAAUGAGUAUAUGUAUGGUGUUAGAUCACCAGUGAGUGUAUGUAUGGUGUUCGCUCACCAAUGAGUAUAUGUAUGGUGUUAACUCACUAACCCCAAGGUCACAGGUAUGAUUCCCGUGUUUGUUUGGCAUCUGGUAAUGACAAUAGAAUGUCCCAUGUAAAUGUAUACAAUUAGCUGUUGUUAAUCAAAAUCAGGGAAGUUUGUUGUGCUGCUUAAGUCCAAUUGUAGGGGCAGAAAAGUUAUAUGUUAAACCUGUUUCUGUUAUAUAUAAAUUAUUGCUUACCCAAAUACAAAUAUUUUAAUUCUUGCUCUGAUUUCACAAAGUUAAGAAUUUACUCAAAAUUGUUCGUCUUAUUUUAACUAAAAAAGCCCUUUAUAAAACUUUUGUUUUUUUAAAUUAUCAAAUACAUUAAAAAGAAACUAUCUGCAAAGUUUU